CGGUGCGGACGGGCCGGGGCCGCCCCGGGAGCGGCGGAGCCUCGGCCGGGCCCCGCGGGGUCUAUGGGGAAGGCAGCCGCACUCUGCGGCGGCGGCACCCGCGGGCUGGUCUCACUCCUCAGCGCCGUCCCCUGCCUGGCCUGCCACGAGCUGCCGGCCAUGAGCGCCGAGCCGGGCGGCCGCGGCGGCGGGGGCCCGGCUGGGGGGCCGCCUGCCGCCCCCCCGGGCUCCGACACCUACAAGGGGUGGCUCUUCAAGUGGACCAACUACCUAAAGGGCUACCAGCGUCGCUGGUUCGUGCUCAGCAAUGGACUGCUCAGCUACUACAGGUCUUCUGCAACUGUCAGGAGUGGUGGCUCUUCUUGGAAACGCUUGAAAAAUACACCGGUCCCAGUUUGGAAGAUGGGGACGCAGGCAGAGAUGGCCCACACGUGCCGAGGCACCAUCAACCUGUCCACGGCCCACAUCGACACGGAGGACUCGUGCAACAUCGUGCUGUCCAACGGGGGCAGGACCUACCACCUGAAGGCCAACUCAGAGGUGGAGAGGCAGCGCUGGGUCACGGCCCUGGAGCUGGCCAAGGCCAAGGCCAUCCGCAUGCGGAACAACCAGUCAGAUGACUCGGGUGACGAGGAGCCCGCCUCGCAGUCAGACAAGAGCGAGCUGCACGGCCCCCUGAAGACCCUGUCGAGUAAGCUGGAGGACCUGAGCACCUGCAAUGAGCUGAUCGCCAAGCACGGCGCGGCCCUGCAGCGCUCGCUCAGCGAGCUGGAGAACCUGCGCCUGCCGGCCGACAGCGGAGAGAAGAUCAAGGCGGUGAAUGAGCGCGCCACGCUCUUCCGCAUCACCUCCAAUGCUAUGAUCAACGCCUGCCGCGAUUUCCUGGACUUAGCCGAGAGCCACAGCCGGAAAUGGCAGCGGCUGCUGCAGCAUGAGCGGGAGCAGCGGAUCCGGCUGGAGGAGACCAUCGAGCAGUUAGCCAAGCAGCACAACAGCUUGGAGCGUGCCUGCCGCGGGGCACCCGGCCUGGCCUCGGGCACUGCCAGCAUCUCCAGCACCGCCAAGGCAGGGAGUGUGCAGUCUGCCAAAGGAGAGGCCAGUGAUGAAGAUGAGGAGACAGAGUACUUCGAUGCCAUGGAGGAUGCACCAGCUUUUAUCACUGUAACUGCAGACCCCAAGCACCACAGGCGUUCGGGCAGCAACCUGAGCGGGGCCAGCGAGGGCCACCCCGAGGACUGGAACCUGGAGGACAGCGUCUUCGAGAGUUCAAAUCAAAGCAGCUACAAUGAGUCCAUGGGCAAAGAUCUCCUGCCGAGGAAAAGGAGACGGACUCGCAUUCCCGACAAACCCAACUACAGCCUUAACCUCUGGAGCAUCAUGAAGAACUGCAUUGGCAAAGAGCUCUCCAAGAUCCCCAUGCCCGUAAACUUCAACGAGCCCCUGUCCAUGCUGCAGCGGCUCACGGAGGACCUGGAGUACCACGAGCUGCUGGACAAGGCGGUGAAGUGCGAGAGCUCCACGGAGCAGAUGUGCUUUGUGGCCGCCUUCUCCGUGUCCUCCUACUCCACCACUGUCCACCGCACUGCAAAGCCAUUCAACCCCCUCCUGGGGGAGACCUACGAGCUGGACCGCCUGGAGGAGCUGGGAUUCCGCUCCCUCUGCGAGCAGGUGAGCCACCACCCCCCAGCAGCCGCCCACCACGUGUACUCCAGGCGAGGGUGGACGUUGUGGCAGGAGAUCACCAUCGCCAGCAAGUUCAGGGGCAAAUACCUCUCCAUCAUGCCACUGGGCGCCAUCCACCUGGAGUUCCACUCCAGCGGGAAUCACUACGUCUGGAGGAAAGUCACCUCCACUGUGCACAACAUCAUCGUGGGCAAGCUCUGGAUCGACCAGUCUGGUGAAAUAGAGAUUGUUAACCAUAAGUCCAAAGAUAAAUGCCAGCUGAAAUUUACCCCCUACAGCUACUUCUCCAGGGAUGUCCCCCGCAAGGUGACGGGGGUGGUGAGCGACGCCGAUGGCAAAGCCCACUACGUCAUGUCUGGCACGUGGGAUGAGAAGAUGGAGUGCUCCAAGAUUGUCCACAGCAGCCAUGGCAGCACCAGCACCGAGGGCAAGCAGAAAACUGUCUACCAGACACUGUCCCCAAAGGUCCUGUGGAGGAAGUACCCGCUGCCGUGAGUCCCCUGGGGUGGGAUGGAGCAGCAGGACAGGGAUGGGGAUUUCUCAGAGCCUUGUGGAAUGGGAGGCUCCUGUGCCCAGGCCUGAGGAUGUGUGGGGCUGAGUGGCUUUUUCUGAGGUGGGAGAAUGGGUCCCUGCAAGGGGAGGGCGGCUUUGGGGACUCCUGUGGGUGGGUUUGGGGCACUUGUGGGGCUGGUUGGGGUUUUGGGGCAGUGGGCUCUGGCAGGGAGGGCUGUUGGCCGCUUUGCCUUGCUGGUCACCCUGUCCCUGGCCAUGAUGUCCCAGCAGUGACUUUGUCCCCCUGGGGACCAGUCCUCCCCUGGCCCUUGUGACCCUCAGGGCUGGGCUCAGACCAGUCUGGGAGCUCUGGGAGCAGCAGCAGCCAGUCCUGGCACUUGGGGCAGCUGUGGGAUGGCGGGGUUCCUGGUGGAGGAGCCCCCCUGACCCCCGUCCUGCCCGGCCAGGGAAGGACUACGAGGGGUACAUCCCGCUGUGGUUCGAGCGCAAGGUGGACGCCGUCACCGGGGAGCUGAUCUGUGUCUACAAGGGCGGCUACUGGGAGGCCAAGGACAAGCAGGACUGGAGCGCUUGCCCCGACAUCUUCUGAGCCCCCCAGAGCUCCAGGGCCAGCCCUGGGACAGCAGCACAGCCCGAGGGACAGCCAGGACACGCCGGCAGCGUCCCGUGGGGCCAACACAGUCAAUACACACAGAUCCAAACAGGGAUUCCAAAACUAUUUUUUUAUGCACUAAUAAAUAGCAUCCUUUUUUUUUUUUUAAAUUUUUUUUUGUUUGUUUUGGGUUUUGUUGUUUUGUUUUUGUUUUUUUGUUUUGAUUUUUUUUUUUUUUAUAAUGAUGGCUUUUCCAGUGAGUGCUCAGGAGUGAGGACACGUGGAGCUGGGUUGGGUUUAGGAUGUUCAUUGCUGUCAGGAGUUGCUGCCUCUAUCCUCCAGCGCCUCGGCUCCGGCGGCCGAGACGUCGACUUCCAAAGAUGCCUGGGGUGUGGGAAUGCUGUGCUUGUGUGAACUCUUCUCUUUGCCAUUUUUUUCUUUUUUUUUGUUUUUUGGACCCCAUUUCUGUGUGGACUUUAUGGAAUUAUUUUUUUAUAAAAACAAAUCCUGCUCCUGGUUCAGGUUUCCUUCAAAGACGGACACGAACAACUCUGCUUGGAAAACUGUCCCCAGGAGCUUGAUCCCAGAGGCUCUUGGUGGUUCCACAGUGCCCAGUCAUCCCAGUAACACCCAGUAGGAUAUUUCAGCUGGUGACUUUGGGGUUUUUGAUGUGGUUUUUGUUUUUUUCAAGAGCUUUGGAGGUGCUUCCCCACAGUCUGAUGUGUUCAGGCAAAGCUUGGGCCUGUCUUUAUCAUGUGGGAGUGGUUUGAGUGAGGUUUGCUUUGGUUUUCCUGUGACCACAUCUGAAGGGAGAAAUGGCCUCAGCGAGGCUGGGAGUGCCAGGCUGGUGCAGUGAAGAGUUUUUAUCCCAGAGAUGCUUCUGGCUCCGUGUCCCUGCUCCAUAUCCCUGCACACGGGGGCUGGCUCUCCAUGCUGGCUUUUCCAUCGGUGUCUCCUGCUGAGCUGUGCCUGAUGUUGGGUGGGAGAGGAGGGAAGAGAUGCUGUGAUCCUGCUGGGAUGGAGCCUCGGUCCUGCAUCUCCCACCCUGUUCAGCCAGACAGGCCUGGGCACAGGCUGAGGCUGGAGGGUCCCUGCAUCCCAGCUCCUGCUCCUGGCUCCUGUUCCUCUCCUCCCUCGUCCUGGCCUCUCCCUGCAGCAGUUCCAGUUUGGCAGGGCAGGGAACCCCUUGUCCCCUCUCCCCUCCUGGCUGCCAUCGCCCUGCCCGGCCCUGGAUGCACCGGGAGAAGCGGAGCGAGCUCUGCUGGUGACAGGUGAGGAUCAGGAGCACCGAGGGGAAGCAGGAGGUGGCAGCACCCCAAACACGGGAUCUGCUGGGCCAGGGAGUAGCAGGAGCACCUGGAGAUCUGCACUGGCCCUGCUGGAUCCCAUUUUUGCUGUCUCCUUCUCCCACCCUCCAUCAUAUCACACUGACCCUGCCUCCGGGGCCGCCCCGGGCCGGGCCCGUCACACCCACGUGGAAGUUAAUUAGCAAUAACGAACCUUGAGGCAAUGGUAACUGGAAUAUCCAGGCUGCACACGGGACACUUAUGCAAUCAGGUUCCUCAUCCAUCAGUCUCCUGAUCAGCUUCCAGCACUUCCAUCCCUGUGAUCCCCACAAUGUACAGUCCCCACGGCCCUGGACCGUGGUGCGGGGCAGCCCCCACUGCACCCUUUAAUCUUAUUUAUUUGCUUCUAAUUUAUACAUAUAUAUAUAAAAUAUAUAUAUAUAAAAUUAUUUUGCUUAAAUUUCUAUGGUACACAAUAGAUGAAAAAUGAUGAAGACAGAAGUGUCUGUCUGAGUUUUUACAGCACAAGUAUGAUUCCCCUUGGCUCAUCCCCGAGCUCGGGUGGUGGUGGAAUGAUUCCCAUUGCAGGGAAGCUCCAAAGCUGGAUCCUGUAGCAUGGAAAAGGUGUUCCAGACAUUCCCAUCUGGAAAUGAUGAGUCUGUGGUCUGAGGAGCGGCACUGGGGAUUCCUGGGAGUGGGGUGGUCCAGGCUGCUUCCCAGUGUCCCGAGAGCUGCUGCUCCGGAAUGUUCCCUCCUUCCUGGAGCUUUGCCCUGGCUCAGGAAAGCUGAUCUUUAAUGAUCCAGUCUGGGAUUGAGCCUGUGGAGAGCUGCCUGUGCCCCGGCCCCAGGUGUCCUACCUGGGAGAGGGAGGAUGCUCCCACUGAUCCCUGAUGCCGCUGCCUUGGCUUGUGGCAGCCCCGAGGUGUCCCGGGGGAUUUGUCCCAGGCGAUCCGUGAUGGAGCUCUUCAGAAUGCCUUAUUUUCCUUUUUGCUGUGUCAAUGCAAGCGUCCCCCGGGAGCUUGGAGCAGGGGGAAGCUCCAGCACAGGCUGUUCCCAGGCUGGAUUGGGGUGUUCCCGGGCAGAGCAGAGCAGGGAGUGGGAUUUUGCUCCCGAAGUGCUGGUCCUGAGGGGUCCCCUGUGCUGUGCCCACCUCUGUGUCCAUCUGGGAACGCCCAUCACUGACCCUGCACAGCGGGGGGAGCACGAGGAGCACCCCAACCCAGAAAUCCCCCGGAUUUUAGGCUAAUGGAAAAAAUUGCUCCAUCUUCCAGAAAUCAUCUUAUCAGCAGCACUUAACCAGAGCACCAUCUCCUGGUCCUUCUGUUCCUCCUCGAGGAUUUUAAUGUCAUUCCACUGUAAAUGCUGUUGAAUGUAUUUUCUUUUUGAACAAUAAUAUAUUGUGAGUGAUCCCUCUUCUCCUACACGGAAAUAAAACUUGGAUUCGGGAGUUUUAAAA